AUGGGGAACAACCCCUCCACAUCCAAGCAGGGGACCCCCACUCCGUCUGCGUCUGGCCACAGCCAAGGUCACGAUUCCCCCAGGCGGCACCAACAGUCGCAGUCGCAGUCCUCGCAGUCCUCCAGAAACCGAGACCAUCACCAAAAGGGUACCAGCGCGGCAAGGCCACCCAUCUCCGUCAACAACCACCGCGCUGCCGUGCCCGCACAAGCCUCGCUCGCCCAAGCCCAUGGCUCUACCGACAUCAAAAACUCGCAAGCCCUUCCCAUCACCUCCCUAGCAGCAUCGCCAGCCGGCUCAACCAAGUCCGCUACCACCGCUGGCGCGGCUUCUUCGGCGAAGCCCCUCGAAUCCAAGCCAGUCCCCGUCCCAGCCGCGAAGGACAAGCCCAUCCCCGACGCGGAACCGACCAAACCCGUCGACGUGCCCGCCAGGGACACCGCGGCCGCGACAGCUCAGCUAGAGCCAACGUCACCCGUCUCUCCAUUUGACGCAAGCGAGGGCAUUCACACCCAGGGCAGCAUUUCCGACAUGUCUUUCAUCGCGAGGCCGCCGCGCAUGCCACUCCCCAUUGAGGAGGAGGUGCACACUCCUGGCUCGCCCAUCACCGCCCCAGCAGAUGUCGGGGAUUCCCUCGGGGAGCCCGUCGAAGCGCUCAAUCUGUCCGAAGGAGACGGUGACAUAGUCAGGAAGUCCUCCAACUUGAGCACCACGACCGUAGACGAGGACGAUGCCGAGGAGCUGCGGGUGGACAAGACGAGGCCGACUGUGCCCACUCGGCUAGAAUGGCUUCGAGGAGGUGAAAGAGUCUACGUGACCGGUACCAUUUUUCAAUGGAACCGCAAGCAAAGGCUCCAUCCUGUCGAGGGCUGCCCGGGUGUCUUUUCCACCACGAUCAACAUUCUACCCGGCACGCAUCAUAUCCGCUUUUUGGUGGACAAUAAUAUGCAAACAUCCCCAGACCUGCCCACCACGGUCGAUUUUGGCAACAACCUGGUGAACUACAUUGAGGUCAGCCCCGAUGACGUGCCCGCGACUCCACAGGAUGCGGCGCGCACGCCGCAAGAGAGGGAAGACAAACAGCUCGCCGAGUCUGAAGAGGAGAAGAUCCGGCAGCGAAAGGACAAGCAAGUGCUCCCCGUCGAGGCUUUCUCGCGGGUAUAUCCACAAUACCUGCUGGACUAUGAUAAUGAGCCCGAGGACUCGCCCAUCUCUCAAGCCGCGGCCGCGGCCAUCGAAAAGCUCCCCACACCACCGAGCCUGCCUGGAUUCCUCUCGAAACCAAUCUUGAACGCUGCUACCCUGCUGAAGGAUGACAACAGCGUCCUCAAUAUGCCGAACCACACCACCUUGAACCACCUGGCCACUAGCAGCAUCAAGAAUGGCACCUUGGCGGUAUCAGCGACCACAAGAUACAGAGACAAAUAUGUAACCACCAUCAUGUACAAACCGGUUCCCGGGCAUGAGUAG